AUGGCGGCAUCGGGCAGCCAGUGUCAACUGACGUCCUGGGCAUCACGUACACGUAGACGACCUGUUACCUGGUCGCCGAAGAACAUCCUAAGUUUUAAUGUCGACAAUCGACAAAUGACACAAUGUGAAACGGCACGGCAACAACCACAGGUACGACUACCACAGGUACAACUACUACAGGUACGACAACCACAGGUACAACUACCACAGGUACGACUACCACAGGAACGACUACAACUGAUACGACCACGACGGGUACGACAACCACAGAAACAACUACUACUGGUACGACUGCCACAGGUACAACUACCAUAGGUACAACUACAACAGGUACAACUACCACUGGUACGACUACUACAGGUACAACUACCACAGGUACGACUACUACUGGAACGACUACUACAGGUACGACUUCUACUGGUACAACUACAACAGGUACGACUACUACAGGUACAACUACCACAGGUACGACUACCACUGGUACAACUACCACAGGUACGACAACCACAGGUACAACUACCACAGGUACAACCACCACAGGUACAACUACCACAGGUAUAACUACCACAGGUACGACUACCACUGGUACAACUACCACUGGUUCAACUACCACAGGAACGACUACCACUAGUACGACUACUACAGGUACAACUACCACAGGAACGACUACCACAGGAACAACUACCACUGGUACAACUACCACAGGUACGACUACCACUGGUACAACUACUACAGGUGCAACUGCCACAGGAACGACAACCACUGGUACAACAACCACAGGUACAACAACCACAGGUACGACUACCACAGGUACAUCUACCACAGGAACGACUACCACAGUUACAACAACCACAGGUACAACUACCACAGGUACAACAACCACAGGUACAACAACCACAGGUACGACUACCACAGGUACAACAACCACAGGAACGACUACUACAGGAACAACUACCACAGGUACGACUACCACAGGUACGACUACCACAGGCACGACUACUACAGGUACAACUACAACAGGUACUACCACAAGUACGACCACUACAGGUACAACAACUACAGGUACUACAACCACAGGUACAACUACCACAGGAACAACUACCACAGGAACAACUACUACAGGUACGACUACCACUGGUACAACUACCACAGGAACGACUACUACAGGAACAACUACCACAGGUACGACAACCACAGGUACGACUACUACAGGCACUACAACCACAGGUACGACCACCACAGGCACGACUACUUCAGGUACAACUGCCACUGGUACAACUACCACAGGCACGACUACUACAGGUACAGCUACUACAGGUACGACUACAACAGGUACAACUAACACAGGUACUACUACAACAGGUACAACUACCACAGGUACAACUACAACAGGUACGACAAAUACUGGUACAACUACCACAGGUACAACUACCACAGGAACAACUACCACAGGAACAACUACCACAGGUACGACAACCACAGGUACGACUACUACAGGCACUACAACCACAGGUACGACCACCACAGGCACGACUACUUCAGGUACAACUGCCACUGGUACAACUACCACAGGCACGACUACUACAGGGACAGCUACUACAGGUACGACUACAACAGGUACAACUAACACAGGUACUACUACAACAGGUACAACUACCACAGGUACAACUACAACAGGUACGACAAAUACUGGUACAACUACCACAGGUACGACAAAUACGGGUACAACUACCACAGGCACGACUACUACAGGUACGACAAAUACGGGUACAACUACUACAGGUACAACUACAACUGGUACAACUACCACGGGUACAACUACAACUGGUACAACUACCACAGGCACGACUACCACAGGUACGACAAAUACGGAUACAACUACUACAGGUACGACUAUUACAGGUACAACUACUACAGGUACGACUACCACAGGUACGACUACCACAGGCACGACAAAUACAGGUACAACUACUACAGGUACGACAAAUACGAGUACAACUACCACAGGUACGACAAAUACAGAUACGACUACCACAGGUAUGA